AUGAUUCCGUUCGCAGAGCUCUCACUGAAAACACUGGUCGAAUUCUAUGCAAAUACGGCGCAUUACCAUGAAAUCGUCGAAUCCACAAUUCUUGUUGAUAUUGUACGAUGUUUGAGCGAACCAAUGGAGUUGAAGUAUGAGUGUCCGUCGCAAACCACUUGGAAGGCCGCAUGUUCUGCGUUCAUCACGAUUGUUCGUUUAGGAAUACCGAUAGCAAGACAACAA